ACAAAUCCCCGAGUUAUUCUAAAAGUUGAUCUGGCCUCAUUUACGUUUCCUGUUCCUUUUCCACGUUCGGCAUCAAGAUGUCUCAUAGAAAGUUUUCUGCACCGAGACACGGUUCUAAGGGAUUUCUUCCCAAGAAAAGAAGUACUCGUCACAGGGGAAAGGUAAAGGCUUUCCCCAAGGAUGACAAGACUAAGCCCGUUCACCUAACAGCCUUUAUUGGCUAUAAAGCUGGCAUGACCCACAUUGUUCGUGAGGUUGACCGUCCUGGAUCAAAGACCAACAAGAAAGAGGUCGUUGAGGCAGUAACCAUCAUUGAAGCUCCCCCAAUGGUCUGCGUUGGAGUUGUUGGUUACAUUGAAACCCCAACUGGACUUCGUACAUUCAGAACUGUCUUUGCUGAACAUCUAAGUGAAGAGUGCAGACGUCGAUUUUAUAAAAACUGGUCCAGCUCUAAAAAGAAGGCUUUCACUCAGUAUGCCAAAAAAUGGGCUGAUGAAACAGGCAAGAAAGAGAUUGACACUGAUUUGAAGAAAAUCAAGAAAUACUGCAAAGUUGUUCGUAUUUUGGCCCAUACUCAGACCAAAUUGCUUCGCAAGCGUCAAAAGAAGGCUCACCUGAUGGAGAUCCAGCUAAAUGGAGGCAGUGUUUCUCAGAAAGUAGAUUGGGCUGUUAAGCAUUUUGAAAAGCCUAUUGAAGUGGGGUCUGUCUUUCAUCAGGAUGAACUCAUCGACUGCAUUGGAGUUACCAAGGGCCGUGGUGUUAAAGGUGUUACAUCCCGUUGGCACACAAAGAAGCUUCCCAGGAAGACUCACAAAGGUCUGCGUAAAGUUGCCUGUAUUGGAGCUUGGCAUCCUAGUAGAGUCCAGUACUCAGUGGCUAGGGCUGGUCAGAAAGGUUACCAUCAUCGUACUGAGAUUAACAAGAAGAUCUAUCGUAUUGGUGCUGGUAUUCACACUAAGGAUGGCAAGGUCAUUAAGAACAAUGCUGCCACUGAAUUUGACCCAACUGAAAAGACCAUCACCCCCCUUGGUGGCUUCCCUCACUAUGGUGAUGUUAGAAAUGACUACCUCAUGAUUCGUGGCUGUGUUGUAGGGCCUCGUAAAAGGGUUAUCACCCUUAGAAAGUCAUUGAUGACUAGCUUCCGCCGCCGUCUUAUGGAGAAAAUUACCCUCAAGUUCAUUGAUACUUCUAGCAAGUGGGGACAUGGUCGCUUCCAGACUGCAGAGGAGAAGCGUACUUUCAUGGGUCCUCUUAAAAAGGAACUUAUGCUGAAGGAUAAAGAGGCUGUUUCUGCUUAAUUAUCAUUAGCAUGAAUAAAACUUGAACUU